CGCGCUCGUUCCCCUUGGUUAAAUACCGCUCCGCCGAGCGUCUGAUUACUGACAGCCGAGGCUAAACACUAACUACUACAUACACACUUGUCCAAGAGUCAGUCUAGAGAUGGAUUCUCCACACUUAUUAUUCUCCUUAUUCUUCCUCUUCCUCUUCCUCUUCUUCUUCUUCUGCUUGUUAUUCUUGUUAUUCUGCAUCCUCUCUGUCUGUGCUGUAUGCCGGGUCAUGCCUGAAUCCAAUCUACGCUGCGUAACACCCUCUCACAACCCCCUCCACCUCCCCCGUUCCCCAGCCUGUGGCGCAUACAAAGAAGAAGGGGAAUGUGCUUCCGUCUCCAAGUUACCUGUCACUCUGUAUCCUCAUAGCAAGCUUCCCCCCCGUCUAUACCGACGUCAAAGCUUCAGAAAGCGCGUCAGCUUGCUGUCAGCUUCGUGCCUACAUUUCCGUGAAGAAGCGCGAGUCGGAGACAGAUACCAACAACAGCAAUAACAACAACUACUGCUGCUACUACUACAACGAUAACUACAACGAUAACUACAACGACGACGACGACGACGACGACUACGAGAAUGUCCCUGGUCAGUCCCUUCAGGGACCGUCAACACAAUUGGGCUCUCGUUACUCUCUGGGCCGCCGCAGCGGUCUCCGUUCCCUACUUCACACUCCAAUUCAUCCGAAGUCGACGGCAGCAAUCCAAGACGGGUGAUGAUAAUAUUACUACUGCUGAUGCUAAUAAUAAUAACAAUGAUAAAUCGGCUUCAAUUCCGUCGCUACCUCUCCUGCUGGCUGCGCGGAGCCACGCGCAGAAAGAUGCCCGCAAAAUCGCGAUUGUGGACACUGCCAAGGGUGAAAGCUUCACUUACGCCCAACUCCUAGUGGACGUCUCGUCCCUCAAGAAGCAGGUUCUAGAGUCCCUGGAGCUGGUGUUGACGGGGGAUUUGGAGGAGCGACGCAUUGCGUUUUUGACACCGGCUGGAUACGACUAUAUCGUCUGCCAAUGGGCUGUAUGGGCUGCUGGCGGAGUAUGCGUGCCAUUGUGUACAACUCACCCUACAAAGGAAAUCAUAUACACCAUUACAGACUCAGACCCGUCAUUGAUCAUCCUCCAUCCCUCGUUUAACUAUAUGAAAGCCGCAAUCCAAGAAACGUGCCCCGAUAUCCCUUUUUUCAACCUUACCCCGUUUGUCGCGAGGAGCACAGAAUCUCGAACGUCCUUACCCCCGUUCCACGCCUCCCUCCCCCAAUCCAGACGCGCAUUGAUGAUAUACACCUCCGGAACAACCUCAAAUCCCAAAGGCUGCGUGACAACCCACAAGAACAUAAUAUUUCAAUCAGAAUGCCUAGUCAAAGCAUGGAAAUACACCCCGACCGACCACCUCAUCCAUAUCCUACCCUUACAUCACGUACAUGGGAUCAUAAACGGGCUCACAGCCACCCUCCUCGCCGGCGCGACGGUGGAAAUGCACCCCAAAUUCGACCCCGCCGUCGUCUGGCAGCGGUGGUGCGAUAAGGGAUCGUCGACGAUGUUCUUCGCCGUCCCAACCGUAUACUCGCGCCUCGUGGAUUACUUCGAUGCGCACAUCCGAUCCACGGAGCUGGAGCUGGAUGCGCGUCAGGGCGCGCAGGCGCUGCGACUCGCCGUCAGCGGCUCCGCGGCCCUGCCCACGCCCAUCAAGACGAAGUUUGCGGAGAUCACGGGCCAGGUGCUACUGGAGCGGUAUGGCAUGACGGAGAUCGGGAUGGGGAUUAGCUGUGGGUUAGAUGUUGAGACGAGGAUUGAUGGUAGUGUCGGGUGGCCGUUAUCGGGUGUGCAGGUUCGGCUUACCGAUAGGGAAACUGGGGAGGUAGUUGGUGCGGCGACGGGGGCGGAGGAGGAAGAAGCGGGAAUGAUUGAGGUGAAGGGCGAUAACGUGUUUUUGGAAUACUGGCGACGGCCGGAAGCCACCGCGAAGGAAUUUACGGCCGACGGGUGGUUCAAGACCGGCGAUGUUGCGAAACGGGAUUCGAACGGGGCGUAUUACAUCCAGGGGCGGGCGUCGGUUGAUCUGAUCAAGUCUGGUGGGUACAAGAUUUCUGCGCUGGAGGUGGAGCGGAAGAUGUUGGCGUUGGAGGAGAUUCAGGAGGUUGUGGUUGUGGGGCUUGCGGACGAGGAAUGGGGGCAGAGGGUUGCGGCUGUUGUUAAGCAGCGGGAGGGGACUCCAACGCUUGAACUAAACCCGCUGCGUACUCGACUGAAAGAAGAGAUGGCCCCGUACAAGAUACCGACUGUGCUGAAACUUGUGGAUAGUAUCGAGCGGAACGCGAUGGGGAAGGUGAACAAGAAGGAUAUCAUCAAGACCUACUGGCCGGAUAAAGCAUGAGGUAGGUGGUUGGGAUAGAUUUUUUGGUUUUGGCUUUGUUACCGUUUCUGAUUUUUAUUUUUAUUUUUUAUUUUUAUAUAUUUUUGCCUCAUUUUUAUUCUUUCCUACUCUUCCAUUGUUUUUCGAUAUUAUUUCCUCUUCACUUAUUACCAUUGAUAGAAUUGUUGUAGAGCUUGGUUCAUCUCGUGAUUUUGUUAACAUUACCGUACUUGUACCUCGUUCUUCUACUUUUCUGUAUGUACAGUAGUUACAUGUUACAUGUACAUUACAUACCUAGCACAGCACUGAAUACACUCUUCCACAGCUUUAUUUGGAAACUGUAUAGUUAUACAUAAAUCCUAUAUAAUCAGGAUCUGAAGUGAACCCAAAUCUGCCCAACAAUAA